UAAAAAAUCGACAUCUUGUCGAUUCAUCUUAUAUUUUUCAGCUGUUGCUAUAAUUCGUUCGUCGGUGCUCUGCAUUUACUCCUCUCGUUUUUUUUUUCCUACCUUCUCAGAUCACUACAACAAGAUCGCAAAAAUCCAAGAAAAACAGCCCCUUUUGCUUUCACAUUGCCCUUUUCGACAAAUUUCUGGAUUUGGGUUUCUUAAAUUAACCCUUCAAAUCUCAGUUUUUAUUGUCAAUUUUUCAAAGAUUCUGAAUUGGGUAAUUGGCUAAAACGAAGAAAAACAAGUAGAAAGAUAUGUAUGCCAUAAAGGAUACAGUUUCUGAGAAGCUUUCUCGUUUAUUUUCAGCUUCUCCUUCUAAAUCUGUUGAUCAACAACCUCAGGCCAGGCCAUAUACUAAGGAGGGUAAAUCUAUAACAUCUAUACUAUCUUUCCUUCUACCAUCAACAUAUUUUGCGAAUAUAAGAGAUCGAAGAGAGGUCAAACCACUUCAAUCACAUUCUUUUACUUGGAGAAGUAAAAGUUUCUCGUUGCGCGAUAAACCUUUGGAUGAUGUUGAGGUUCACAAAUAUUACAAAGAGAUACCAGAUAUUCAUCCAGAAGAAAGUGAAAAUGGCUUCAUCAGGAGUUCAGUUUGUGUGAUGAAGGAGACAGUAAAUGCAGACAAUGAUAAUGGAGAGCCUACUUCUGCUGGGAGCAUUGCCAGCGGUUGUGAAACUUUUGAAGAUGCUCCUGAUAGACACAGUUUUGAGCAGUCACUGGCCUAUCUCACCACUGAUUCUGUUUUCAUUACUCCAAAUUUAUAUGAUUUUUUCCAGUCCUCCCUUCCUAAUAUAGUGAAAGGUUGUCAAUGGGUCUUGUUAUAUAGUACGGCCAGACACGGUAUAUCACUCCGUACUCUAAUUCGCAAGAGUGCUGAUAUUUCUGGCCCUUGCUUGCUGAUUACUGGUGAUAAGAAGGGUGCUGUGUUUGGUGGGUUGCUUGAGGCACCGUUAAAACCUACUGCAAAGAGGAAGUACCAAGGAACAAAUCAAUCAUUUGUAUUCACAACUCUAUAUGGUGAACCAAGGUUAUUUAGACCAACAGGUGCCAAUAGGUAUUUUCACUUGUGUUUGAAUGAUAUCCUGGCACUUGGAGGAGGUGGAAAUUGUGCUUUAAGCUUGGACAGUGAAUUGUUAUCUGGCAGCAGUGGACCUUGUGAAACAUUUGGGAACUCAUUUUUGGCACAUGAUCCAGAGUUUGAACUGAAGAAUGUUGAGCUAUGGGGUUUUGCGCAUUCAUCUCGAUACCUCCCCUCCUCGUGCCAAGCCUAAAUUUUCUUGGUUCAUUUUUUUGUUAGCUAUAUCUUUUAAUACACUAUUAUUUAUUCUUUCAUGUCCAUGAAGCAGUUUCCUCCUUUAUAAUCCUUGAGGCUUCUUGCUGUAUAUGGGCGAAUUGCAGCCUAGGAAUGAGUGUCUAGCAAUUGUGAGUUAUGUAUGUAGAUAUUCUUGAUCCUUCCAGCCAGGGGAGGCUUUCUAGUGUAUGAUUAUUGUGAUUUUAUAUAUAGCAACCCACAAGUUUUCCUGAUGUCAAUAAGGAAUGCUGUAUAAAAGGCAUCAACUAAACCUCAUGUGAUGCUGAUGUCAAUAAGGAAUGCUUUCACAAUUUUUUUAUUCAUUCUCCAAAAACAAAUAUGCUCCUCAAGUGAUGCUGAUGUCAAUAAGGAAUGCUUUCACAAUUUU